GGUCGUCGAUCCCACCCUGAACGAACUCACCGGGGCCGAGAGUAGGGGUCCGAGUGUUCAGCACCCUGAGCACCGUCAACAUUCGACUCAGCGAUCUUGGUGUCGUCCGUUCGGUGUCAGGUCAGCCUAAGAGUUGCAGUUACAGAUCGUAGAUCGCAGCUGCUGCAACAACAUCGGUGGAUGAUCGGUUUUCCUUCUUCAGGAAAAACUGUGCGUGUGUGUGUUUGGGUGUGUGUGUGUGUGUGUCUGUGCUAGUUACGCAAAAGGAAGGCUUCUGUUGAAGCAUCGUGCAAUUUCUCCGUCCAACCGUUUGAUCUAGUGCAUUACGACCGCUGCAAGUGCAUUCUACAUUGCGCUCCACAAAUUAGCCAACGCUACUCAGCAGUGCGUGUGUGUUUCUGUGUUUGUCUGUGCAUUCCAUCGGCCGCUCCCGAUAGUGAUCGAUUUUUUCGACAUUUCAGCGUCGAAAGCAGAUCACGUGCUGGUCGGUUGUGAAGGAGUGAAUUUCUAUUGCAAUCGGGCUGCUUGAUCGGGGUGCGUGUUGCCUCGUAGCAGACAGCGGCAUAGCAACGCGCAACAACGUGACUGCUUGUUUCACCAUCGACCAUCAUCCAACGACCAUUGGUUUCGAUUUGUUGCUGUUCGGCGGUACGCGGGCGUGCAUUUUCGAGUGUGAAAAGUAAAAGUGGCCUCUGGCCCAUGGGUGUGCGCGACGCAACAACGUAAAUUUGCGUAUAUGUGUGUUUUAGCGGUCAGGAUUUGUCGCCCAGCUGUCGUGUCGUGAAAGUGAAGCCUUUCUUUACCCAAGAAGAACCUCCCAAAACGAGCGGUAAAGUGAAAGAUAUUGCAAAGAAGAAAAAAAACAAAGCAACUCGCUAAAAGUGCACUGAGCAGAUCAAGAUGGGGCGUAGUGUUGGGCCCGGUCCCGGUUUGCCCGGGGCGGUCAGAUUAAUGGUGAUGCUGGUGUUGCCGGUGCUGCUGCUACACCUCGAGGCGGAAGCACACGUCGCGCUCACGUUUCCGCCAGCCCGCAAGUACGAUCUGGACUUUCUGGACAACUCACGCACGAAACCACCGUGCGGAAUGCCGAAAGGUUCGCUGAAAACAUCGUUCAUCGAGGGUAGCACCUUCAACGUGUCGUGGCAUCUUGCCUAUCCGCAUCGGGGUGGCUUCCGGCUGGAGAUACUCGAUGCCAGGGAGAAACCAGUGCUGAACCUAACGCCGAGCAGUAAGGAGAAACGUUUCGUGCGUGAUGAUGCGACGGCUCAACAGUUCCAGGUAUCGCUUCCAAGGAACUUCACCUGUCGGGAUUGUACGCUCCGGUUGGUGCGGCAGGCUGAUGAAUGGGGCGGUAACUACCGUUUCUGGUCGUGUGCCGAUGUGGAUGUCGUCCCGAGACGCGAACACCACGAGACCUGCUCCGGACAUGGCAAAUUCAUUGCGCGUUGCAAGUGUGAUCGCAAGUAUUACGGACCGCGGUGCGAGUUCUGGGAUGAGUGCGUUACGAACCAGGAUUGUGGCAUUCAGGGUACCUGCGUUGAUUUGGGCGGUACCUCACUGCCACGCCGUCAGUGCUACUGCCGGUUAGGUUGGUUUGGACCGGGAUGUAACAAGAAAUCGCCCAUCAAGUCAACCGAUAUUGACUAUUCCGUGUACAAGGCGAAAACACUAUCGCCGGACUUGAACGUGUACUGGCGUGUGCUGAAGGAGCAGAGCGAACUGGAAGUCGUCCUGAAGGUAAAUGGAACGUCCUGGGUAGCGUUGGGCUGGAGACCGCGUAAGCUAACCGCCGAAUGCAAGAACUUCCCACUAAUUGCUGCACCGGGCGCUGCUGCUCCGGCAGAAGCGGGAGUUGCCGAACCGGAACCAGCCAGCGAACCAACAUCUGAGCCAGAGCCCAACUCUGAACCUGAACCGGGAGCAGAACCUGGUGCGGAACCGGGAGCAGAACCGGGCGCUGAGCCAGAGCCCAAGUCAGAGCCAGAACCUGCGUCGGAACCUGGCGCAGAACCUAAUGCGGAACCAGAGCCAAAAAGUGAACCUGAACCUGGUGCGGAACCAACGUCGGAACCUGCCAGUGAGCCAACGUCUGAGCCCUCGUCUGAGCCAGAACCAAAAGGCGAGCCUGAACCGGAACCGGGCGCAGAACCUGGUGCAGAGCCAGAACCCAAAUCGGAACCCGAGCCGACCGGAGAACCAGAACCGGAAAGUGUUACCGAACCUUCGCCGGAGCCGAAAGGACAGGCGAAGAAAGUAAAACGUGCAGCUGCCAUGACUCCCGCCGCAGAACCCGAACCAGAACCCAAAACUGAGCCCGCCUCCGAGCCAGCAUCGAAACCGAAACCUAAACCAACGGCAGCGGCUGGUCCGAAGCUAAAGCUUAAUCCGUACACCCCACGCCAUGACUUUAACCCGAUGGACUGUACGGACAUUGUGAUCGGAACGGCUCGUGGUGAUAAUCAUCGCGUUUGGGAUUACUACACGCGUGAUCGAUCGACUCCGCGGAUGGACUCGUUCUGGGGUGGCAAAUCGGACCUUACGGCAACGGGAGGCUUUGAGCGGGAUGGUGUCACGACGAUCGUGUUCCGUCGACCGCUGGCAGCGUCUGAACCGACCGAUCACGCGUUUGUGGAUGAUCUGAUGCAUGUGAUAUGGGCUCGUGGGCAGGAACCGGGUGCUUACGUACAUUCGCCACCCUCGGGAAUUGAGAAGGAGACGGCAUCGGUGCAGGAGUUUUAUCAGCCGGAUGAGCUGAAGUAUCACGGCCAUCGUAUGCAGCGUGGGGUGACGCAGAUCAACUUCCUGGAGGAGGAGCGUAAGGUGCCGGCCGCAACAUCCGCUGCCGGAGUCACAGCAACACCGGACGGAGCGAAGGCUGGUGGCGAUGGGGUGAUUGUACCGGCUGGUCCGGUAGGACAUGAAUUGGACAAUGAGUGCCACGGGUUCUACAAGUACCCACGAACGUGCGAUCCCGAGCAGGCCAACUGUGAGUACUUCCUCAGCUGGCAAACGGUGGCACGCGGAGAUGCAGUGCAUUUCCAUCUGGAGACGAAGCACACGUCCACCUGGACCGGGGUUGGUUUCAGUGACGAUCAGCGCAUGUCCCAGACGGAUGCCAUUAUCGGUUGGGUAGAUAAGAAUGGACGUCCGUUCCUGAUGGACACCUGGAUCAAUGGCUAUUCGGCGCCAAAGUUGGACGACCGUCAGGAUCUGUACAAUGCGUCCGGUGCCAUCCAGAACGGACGCACCGUGUUGGACUUUACACGAAAGCGCAUCACCGGCGAUGAAAGUGAUCUGGCCUUUGCGGAGGACCGCUGUCUGUACAUGAUGUUCCCGAUCGAGGGGGGUGUGUUUAAUGAGGUCAACAAGAAGCUCGGAAAGCAUGCCUCCGUACCGGUUGUGACGGACACGCGCGUCUGCAUCAAAUCGUGCGCGAAACAGUUCGAACAGUUGCUGAACGUCGCUGCUACGCCGGCACCGGAUCGUAUCGCUUACGGGGCGUCGAUUAAGUUGACGAAUCUGGCGGCUGGAUUCCAGGUCCCGGCCAGUGGAACACCGGAGCAUCGUGAUCUUGCGAAUUCGGUUAAGGACACUUUUAACGGCGUGCUACGCGAGGUGCCCGGCUUCUACCGCACGGAUGUGCAGGAGUUUGAGAAAGACGCCGAUGGAAGCGUUGUGGUGCGGAUGAACAUUCUGGUCGAUAAGGAGAUGAAGGAUGGCAGCAAGAACCCACUGGCCGAUGAUCCAGCCAAGCUGGAACUCACUCUGCACAAUCUAAUGGUGAACAAUCUGUCGUCGGGUAAGGUGGGUGCGCUGUCCGUCGAUCCCAGCUAUUUGGAGUUCAACCAGCUAGAAGGACAAGCAUCAGCGCCCAAGGAGGAUUACGAUCUUUUGCCGGCCGGCGUACGACUGUACAUGAUCCUGGGAUGCAUCGCUGGUCUGGUGUUUAUAGCCAUCGUCCAGGCGACUUGCACCAUCAUUAAAACGCGAAGAACUAAUCGAUUAAAGGAUCAGUUGAUUCCCAACUCAGCGUGGAAGGAUUACUCCUCCAACACCAACUACGCGUUCGAUAACUUCGAGCCAGAGUCCAAGUCUCACCACAAGGGCCGCUCGUCCGACCGCGGUUACAGCAAUGGCAACAGUCAACAGACCACCCUGCAGAUGUCGCACUCGCCCAACAAGUCCCAGUACUACGAGAUUGAUCGUACGGACGGAGGCGGCAUGCCAGCGCACCGAAACGGCAACUCAGGCUAUCCGUACCCGGCGGGACAACCGCGCCACGGAUACGAUCGCACCGGAGAUCGCUCCUCGUAUGCUGACCGGGCGUAUUCGCUGCCUCGCCCUAUGCAUCAGCAGCAGCAGCAGCAGCAAAUGCAGCAGCGACAUCACCAAGAGAUGCAGUCACGUCCCACCAACGACUACUACACGCAGGACCGUCGUGGUAAGUCACGCAACAAUGGUAGCCACUACGCUGGCAACGGUCAUCAGCAUCCGUCGCAGCAGCAGCAGCAGCAUCAUCAGCACCAGCAGCAACAGCAGCGACCCAUGCCGGACUCGUCCGAUCUGUACUUUACGCCAACGCAGCGAAAGUACUCGGGCGAGGUCGUGCGAGUGUUUGUCGACUAUAACAAGGAUAAGAAGUAAGGUUCGAAUCUGGCAGCGGAAGUUGAGACAAACCAAUAAUCAACUAAAGAGGCAGAGAUGUAUCCCUUGACCGUCUGCCUCACUACCAAGUUAUUCUGUAAGACACCCAUCGAAAGGCAACACUCACCAACAAACAAACACAACUGAAUACUCCUCACACAUAGAAAAAGACGAAUAGACUGCGAGCCGGUUCUGUGCGUCUUUGUCCGAGCUGUAAAUAAUGAUACGUUUUAUGACUCACUUGUAUGACUUCUUUCCUGUUUGUUUCUACUAUUUCAACCAUAAAACCACCCGCGCAGUAGCGAGCGAGGCACCAUUUGUUUGAGUUAAUGUUUGUUUGUUUCGGUUUUUAAUUAUGAAUUUUAUGUUGGUACCGUGUGUGUGUGUGUGCGUGUGUAGAUAGGGAAAGACGUGACGCUGCCAUGCUGCACCCUGGAGAGUGCGCAACCCAGUUGAUGCCAAUGUCGAUCGUUUCUUUUAGUUGCGUUCCAUUUUAUUUGUUUUGUUGGUCGGUCAAGGAAGACAGACGGAAGAGGUGUAGAUGGUUAGAUAUAUCCCACCCUAAAAUGGAACCCGGUGGAGCUAGCGAGGGAUUUGUAGGAUAUGAGUGUUUUAGAAAUUAACCUUCUCUUAGCUAAUCGAAAGAAUUGACGUGUAGACGACGAUGUAGACGUGUGUGUGAGUGCGUUGUAGAGCGAGGGAGCAAAAGAGAGAGAGAGAGAGAGAGAGAGUAAGAGAGAGUGGCUGGAGACACCAUAAAUGCACAAUCGCGUGUUUUUCCCAUGCGCCUCAAAACCGUCCGUGCAAAACAAAAACGCGCAAGAAAAGCCGAAAACCGGGCAUCCAUAUUUUAAUCGCUUUACUGGUAACAAUAGAAUGGUUUUAAACGUGGAAGAAGAAGUAAAACAAUAAUAUAGUAAUAAUAAAAGACAGAACAAAAACUCCCCUUUACGAAAACCACAA